ACAUCUCUACUACUCGCAUUUGCCACUCCCGGAAUCAGAAAGUCAAUAAACCUUCUUUUAUCUUCUUCGUAUUCUUUUUUUUCCCCUUUUUUUAUUUUCCCCUUUUUUAUCUGUAAAUAUUCAGAGUUGUUAGCUUGUAGAUUAUCGCUGCAUCUGACAGAGGCGAAUAAUCAUGUCUGCCUCAGUUGAAGUCGUUGGUUUGGAGCUCGUUGAGGAUCUUCAGGAUCUAGCCAUCCAAGGCCAUACUGGUAGGGCGGGAGACUAUGCGGCAGCAGCAGAGGAGACUAACUCAGGGGAGUGCAACACUAACCGAGUUGACAUAAAUAACCAUCAUGGGUUUUGUGCCAUAUGUUUGAAUAAGAUUGUGCUUCAAGAAACAGCCCUUGUAAAAGGUUGCGAGCAUGCAUACUGUGUGACUUGCAUCUUGCGGUGGGCCUCUUGCAAAAAGCAACCAACUUGUCCUCAGUGUAAAAUUCCGUUUGAGUUCCUUAACGUUCAUCGUGCUCUUGAUGGAAGCAUUUACGAUUACAUGUUUGAGGAGAGUGUUUGCCUUCUCCUUCUAGCUUCGUGGUUUAAGCCUCUGGUUGAAGCCGAAAAGGAGGAGCUGGACAAAAUAGAAGAUUGUUAUUAUUAUGAAGACGAUGAAGAUGAUCUUGCGGAGUUUAAUUUUUCGAGUUCCUCAAGCCUCCGAAUAGACCCAGAUGCGGGCCCAUCUCGUCAGCCCAAGAAGGACAGCCCUAAUAAAGAAUUAGUGGGCCGGCGUGCGAAACGGGCUUUGAAGCGCGAAGCUGCUGAUAAGGCUGCUGCUGCUAAGCAUCAGCAGCAUCUGACGAGGUUGGAGCAAGGGAGAAAAGGUGGUGGGUGCUCAAUAAUGAAGAUUGGGUCCUCCAAUUCGCCUUUAGUGGAGCAAAUUUCAUUAAGAGAUUCAGCACAGCACAAGGCAAUGGAUUCCUUCACAUACAACCCUGGUUCGAAUCAAGAACCCGAGCAUGAGCAAUCCUUCUCAGCCAUCCUCGAAAUCCACGUACACCACGCAAGAAACAUCCACAACAUAUGCAUAUACGACAACCAAGACGUGUACGCCAAGUUCUCCCUAACGUACAACCCUGACGAGACCCUCUCGACAAGAAUCAUUGACGGCGGAGGCAAAAACCCGGAAUUCAACGAGCGUCUCCUCAUCAAAAUCCGCCAGCCUGGCGCAGUCUUGAAAUGCGAGAUAUGGAUGCUCAGCCGCGUGAAAAACUUCAUGGACGAUCAGCUUCUCGGUUUCGCCCUCGUCCCUAUUUCUUCACUUUCCGGAAAGGGUAAAGUGACUCAAGAUUUCGCUCUCUCGUCCACCGACCUCUUCCACUCGCCAGCUGGAACCAUCAAAUUAUCGCUAACUUUGGACGAGAAAAGUUCCCGCCUUUUCUUUUCCGAAUUAAUAGUAGUCGACUCUUGUCCGACGACUUCCGAACAUAAAAAAAUCCCGGAAGAGUAUUCGAGGAUCGAGUUUCCGGACAUGAACGUUGUGAACGAGAACGAGCAGAUGGUCUCUGAGUACUUUGAAAAAAACGGGCGGGCCCUUAUGAGGCCGUGGCCCAGUAGGCCCGAUGGGUCGUUUCUCCAUCUCGGGCCCAUGCUUGUGCAGGACCAUGAAAUGGCUAAUAAUAAUUCAUUGCAUGAGUUAUCGGUUUCUCCCGAGCAGAAUUCGGGCUUUUUGAGCUCGACUAUGACGAGCUUGAGCGAUGACCGGGCCUCGGCCGACUCCAUGGAGAAAAAAGGCGGGUUCUUUGCGGAUUUAUCGACAUCUCCUGAUGAAAGUGAAUUGUCUACCUCGAAGAAGGGCGAAGCGCGGGAGGAAAACGUGGCUGCUGAGGCUGAAGAGUCUGUUAUGCAGAAACAGAUAGUGGAUAUGUAUAUGAGGAGCAUGCAGCAGUUUACGGAGUCGCUGGCGAAAAUGAAGCUGCCGAUGGAUUUGGAGAAGCGAAAAAACGAUGGCUCGGGAGAUUUGAUUCGGGGGGAUGGUGAGAAGAAGAUUGAGAUGGAGAAGGAGGAGAAGAAAGAGAGUAAUUCCAGGGUGUUUUAUGGUAGCAGGGCUUUUUUCUAGACGAUGAUUUAUGGAGGUACAAAAGGUUGAAUUGUGUUGUGGUGGUGGUGGAUCAGGUUUUUGUUUAGUAUUGUUUGACGUUCUUUUUUUAUGUUUAUGUUGGUUUUUAAGGUUUUGAGUGAGUUUCAGAUGUUUUGGUCUGCAGAGUACCUGAAAAUAAGUAAAGUGUUGUUAUGCCUUUAAUUCAUAAACAUAUCUAACAAAACAAAAACAUGUUCUUGAAAUGUCCUAUGUUUUGUACUUGUUUGUGGUUCCUGAUACGUCUUUUGUCUCAUUACAGUGGCUUCAUUGUUUAACUUUCUUUGGUAAGCAACUAUUCUGGAGUUCAUGCUCUCGGUCAGUUUAAUUAUUAUUAUUAUUAUUA